AUGGGUGCAUGCUGCGUCGCUGCACAAUUCUCAAAGGAAAGGGCCUGGACAAAAAUUCGCAACUCUGACUCCAGGGUUCCUGGCAAGGAUCGAUCCGUGUGUAACUGCUGGCCAGCGCUUGGCCAACUCCGAUUAGCCCACACCGAGCCGCUGUACGAAAGCGGUUCAAUGUUCGUCCGGUUCUUCGCCAGUUCGGCCGUUUCUCCCUCUACGUCAUUAGGGUGGAUUUGUGAUCUGGCUUCGCUUCGAUUCGCAACCAGUAAUACAUUCACUGCGGACUUCCUCUUACGAAUUAGCGUGCUACUCUUUUCAACAACAACCACUUUAUCCUCUUCUUCACGAGUAGAGCAGAUACGACCAGAGAAUCAGAAACAUGACCAGUCAAUUGCAUACCAUACUCCGUACUGCGUAAAUCAUCCUAUUUCCCGCAACCUCUCUGUCAUGGUUGGCUACGAUUUUGAACCAUCGUCGACCUUCCAAGUUUCCAAGUUCCCAAGUUCAUAUAACAACACAAAAUGA